AUGAAGCCUCUCCCCCACCAGAAUGAACUCUUCCUGCUUGCCAGUGGGGAGGGAGAGCAUUUGGCCAGCCAGAGCACGGCCACUGCCAGGAAGCACAGUGUCAUUCCAGCCUCCUGGCAGGCCCAGCCUAAACUCCAGAGAAGCCGACAAAGGGACAAAGGAGUGGUUCCAGGGAAGACCUCUGGCCUGACUCGACAGCUCCGGAACCCACAGUCUUUGGCUGCUCCCCUGGGCCUACCCUCUGCCUGCCCCUCUGUCUCAUGUGGCCAAGCCCCCCAAGCCGCCACAGCUCUGGUGGAUUUUCCCACUGCCCUCACCAUCCUGCCCAAGUGGCCAGUCCUCGAGAAGAGCCAGCUGCUGCUCCUGGAGUCCCUUAUGCAGCGGAAGAUUGCACACCUGAAGUGGGGCCUCCCCCAGCAGAUCCUAGAGUCCUACUUGUGCUUCAACUUCUUAGCACCAUGCCCACUGCCCCUUGCGGGGGUGAGGCUCCCUGGGUUACACAAGGCCUGUGAGCUGCAGGGGCAGCAGGAAAGGCAUUGUGGGGCCCAGCACCCCAGGCCAGGCCCUAAGUCCCCAGAGAGGUCCCAGAGCGUUCGGCCCCCAGAAAGGAAAAGCUCAAAACCUCCUACGCAGGCCAGAGCUCUGGAGAAGCGUAGACCACACCAGACAGAGCCAAUGGGCAUUUCUAUACAUCCUGAAAAGCCUAAGAGAGUCAGACCACCAGGGGGCCUCAGAGAACGACAGGAUGUCCAGAAAGAGGCUCCUCCUAGGGCCAAGCUCACUGCUCCCAGGAACCCCAGGCCUGCAGCAGAAUCUAGUAACUGGUGUGGCCAAGAAAGGGUCCAAGAACCCUCCAGUGAGAACAGCGGGGGCAGGAAAAUGGUCAGGCCAGGGGUCUCCCAGAUGGCAGAGAGGGCUCCCGGCAUAGUGAAGAUCUCAUACUCCGGGGCAGACCACUGGAGGAAGGAGCACGCAUCUCAGGAGCCCCCCAGAUUCAAAUGGGCCGCUGCUCUCCUGAGACUGGCUGGUAUUCGCUUCGCGCAGGCGCAUUACCCUUCUCCCCCACGCGCCCGCGUCGAGCUCUGCCAAGUGCGCUUGCGCAUAAACUAG